ACAAAUGGUGAGAUACUGCCCACUUGUUGUCAGAUAUUGUCCACUUGUAUUGAGAUACUCCCACUUGUUGGGAGAUAAAGCCCACUUGUCAGAUACUGCCCACUUGUUGUGAGAUACUUCCCACUUGUGGUGAGAUACUGCUACCUUGUGGUGAGAUACUGCCCACUUGUUGUCAGAUACUGCCCACUUGUGGUCACAGAGUACACACCUGUGAUCAGAUAUUACCCACAUGUCAUUAGACACCAUCCCAAUGGAAUAAGAUACUGACCUGUUUGUAGUUACCAUCAAUAUUUUAAACAUACCAGGGCGAAACCCUUUUAAGAGCUUUGAUCGUUUUCUCCUGUACGUAUAGUAACUUAACGUAGGAAUUGGUAUCUAACGUUUAAAACUAUCCAUGUUUCAGGUCUGAGCAACUAACGGAGGAGCAAAUUGCAGAAUUCAAGGAGGCUUUCUCCCUGUUUGACAAAGACGGUGAUGGAACCAUCACAACCAAAGAACUGGGCACUGUGAUGAGAUCAUUAGGACAGAACCCAACGGAAGCGGAGUUACAGGAUAUGAUCAAUGAAGUAGAUGCCGACGGAAACGGUCAGAUCGAUUUCCCAGAAUUCCUUACAAUGAUGGCCAGGAAAAUGAAGAGUACGGAUACAGAAGAAGAAAUCCGAGAAGCAUUUCGAGUGUUUGACAAAGAUGGAAAUGGAUUUAUCAGUGCGGCAGAGUUACGUCAUGUUAUGACAAAUUUGGGUGAAAAAUUAACAGAUGAUGAAGUGGAAGAGAUGAUCCGGGAAGCAGACCAAGAUGGCGACGGGCAGGUCAACUAUGAAGAAUUCGUGACGAUGAUGCACAGUAAAUGAAGCACAAAUGAUUGGGAAAAGCAAACACACCUGCUCACACAUUCCAUAGGGAUGCCUAAUUAGAGACAGGAGCAUGUUAUUACUUAUCAACUAUCCUAUCAUUAUUAACAAAUUACUUAUUAUUUGUUAAAAUACAUGCAGGGGAUGUAAGAAAAAAU